CAGGACUCCCCCAAUCCAUCCCAGCCCCGACGGACGCUGGCGCCCAGAAUCAUCAAGACCGCAGUGCCUUGGUAUGGACUCGCUCUACACCAGAAUCCGAGAAGGCAGUGCUUGACUUGCGGGACAAGGCCAGGCAAAUGUAGUUCAAUUCACCCAUCUUGGCUCCUCCCAAGGAAGGUUUGCCCCGGUUAG